AUCUUCUCUGUUGCGUUUAGCUCGUAACAAUUUGCAUACCAGUAACGCCAUAAAUCACCUUAUUAAGUUUAUCAAAAUAAAAUAAUUGUCUGUGAAAAUGCGUCGCACUGAACUUGGCCAAAACGUUUUGUUUGUUCAGUGUAUUUUUAUUUGUUUAACAAUUGUGUUUAAAGUUUACAAAUAUACAUUGGCUAAAAGAAAAAGAAAAAAAGAGGAAUGUGGAACGAAUAAUCUGUAUGUGAUGCAGAGUCACGAGAGUUGAUAAUGUUUGCAAUAAACGCCUUGUUUUGCGAUUGGUUGCUUUCAACUGAAGGUAAAAUCGUCCCCUAUAUAACAGCAAGUAUAUCUUUCUUACUUCAUUUAACAUUAGCGAAACUUUGCAAUAAUGUUGAGUUCAAUGUUCUUUACCGUGUGCUUUGCCAGCUUGGCGGGACGUAUUAUUACAAGCAGUGUCUCGGAACCACAAUGUUCAAAAUUUCCUUAUGAAGAAAAACUGUUAGAAAAGAUGAUUAGACUCGAAAUAUCGGUAGAAGCUAUGAAGAAGGAAAUUGAAAAAUCUCGGAAUCAAGCUCGGACCACUCUUGAUGAUUUAAAGGAAGAAAGAAUUAUUUGGGAGAAUGAUCUAAAAGCAAAAUCUGACAAACGUUCUACAGAUCUGGCUGCUGCCAUCCAAGAGACCAAAUCUACGGUUCAGGAAGAGUUGAAAACACUCAAAGUCGAGAAGGAUAAAUGGAAUUCCGAAUUAAAAGAAUUUGUAAGAAUACCAGAACUUGUGUUGUUCUCUGCACGAAAUCCGAAACAAACUGCAUUACAUAAAGGGCUUAUCAUGGUCUUCGGACAGGUUCUGAUGAAUGAAGGCGGUGCUUAUAACAAAGAAAAUAAAAUGGUGUCUUCACUGUUCCAUAUGCUGGUGUCUAUACAUUUAGUGUGCAAUUAUGUGUAUGGAAACAAAA